AGCACUUGUAGCUUUUGUGCACAACAACAGCGUCGGCUCUUUUUAUGUGUGCACCUGCAUGAGUACAGUUGAUCGCCCGGUUCCGCAAACAAGCAGUUUCCCACUCUUCUUUCUCUUGAUCAUUAGUGACAAAGUAUCACCAUGGCAACCGAGCAGAACAUUGACCGGUCGCAGUUCCUGAUCCCAAACGAAGUUCCGAUUGUUCCCUUGGAAUGUAAGAAGGCAUUCCAGGAGCUCACAUCCGAGGAAAAGAAGUACGCCCAUUAUUUGGCCAGAGCUUCCUGGAGUGGUGGACUGAUCUGCCUGUUUCAGACGUCGCCUGAGUCUCCCGUCAUUUACCUCCUCCUACAGAAGCUGUUCAAGACGGAGCCUGUCGGUGCCUUGAAGGAGAAGGCUGUGAAAGCCGGUCUCACUGAGAAUGAGUUUCAGGCAUUUCUGACCUAUGCUGCUGCCUUCUUCUCCAACUUGGGCAACUACAAAUCUUUCGGUGAUACAAAAUUCAUUCCAGAUUUGCCGAAGGACAAGUUGCUGAGUCUACUCAAAGCCAGUGCAGCCUAUGCCUCGGACCCUUCAUACCUUGACGAGCUCAUCUCCCGCUGUGGUGAUGCCAUCUUGACCCUCUCCAAGAAGACACAGCAGCUAGGUCUAGGAGAUGAUGGCAUAUCAACAUAUUUCUCCGGCAAUUGCACCAUGGCAGAUGCUGAGCUGGCCAAGAGAUUCAUGUUGGAAAAGAAAAUCGAUGCGUACAACACUCGUCUUUUUAAGUCCAAGGGUGCUGAUGGGAAGUUUGAAUAUGAAGUACGCUUGGCAUCUGCCCAAACUGGUGCUGCUGAUGGUGAUAAUAACCUGAAGUUGGGCUCCUACGACUUUGAGGGCGUCAAAGUGAACGUGACCAGGGGUGAUUACGGACCCCUGAUGAAAAUGGUGUCGGACAAUCUGCUGAAAGCAAAGGAGUAUGGGGCUAAUGAACAUGAGGUUAAGAUGCUGCAGUUGUAUGCCAGCAGCUUCACCACAGGGCUACUCCAAGACCACAUGGAUGGAUCCAGGAGCUGGAUCAAAGAUAAAGGACCCAUUGUUGAACACUAUAUUGGCUUCAUUGAGACGUACAGAGAUCCGUUUGGCAUGCGGGGUGAAUGGGAAGGCUUUGUGUCAAUCGUCAACAAGCAGAUGAGCGCCAAGUUCGGACAGCUUGUUGAGAACGCCGAGAGGUUUCUGCCCCUCCUCCCGUGGCCCAAGGACUAUGAGAAGGAUGUCUUCCUCAAGCCAGACUUCACCUCGUUGGAGGUCCUGAGCUAUGCUUCCAGUGGCAUCCCAGCUGGCAUCAACAUUCCAAACUAUGAUGACAUUCGUCAGAGUGAAGGGUUCAAGAACGUGUCGCUAGGCAACGUCCUAUCAGCUCACACCAAAGACCAGAAGAUCACUUUCCUGAAAGAGGCCGAUAAGGAGCUGUACAGCAAUCUAAAGGGACCCUCCUUCGAGGUGCAGGUUGGCUUACAUGAGCUUCUAGGUCACGGUAGUGGCAAGCUCUUCAUUCAGGAUGAGAAACAAAACUUCAACUUUGACAUUGAGAAUGUCAAACACGCAGAAACAGGAGAGAAGAUCAAGAGCUGGUAUCUGUCAAGUGACACCUAUGACAGUAAGUUUCCAGUCAUCGGCUCAUCCUAUGAAGAAUGUCGCGCUGAGUGCGUUGGGCUCUAUCUCUGUCUCAGCAGGGAUAUACUCAAAAUCUUCGGCCAUGAAGGCAGUGCAGCUGAAGACAUUUUCUACAUCAACUGGCUGAAUAUGGUCCGGGCCGGGCUCCUAGCACUGGAGUUCUAUACGCCAGAGACUCGGACUUGGCGGCAGGCUCACAUGCAAGCUCGCUACGUCAUCCUGCGGGUGCUACUAGAGGCCGGCAAGGGGCUGGUCACCAUUGAACGGGACACCGGUGAGGAUGGACGGCCCGACGCAACCGUACUACUAGACAGGCAGAAGAUAGAGACGGGUGGCAAAGAAGCCAUAGAGAAGUUCCUCAGGAAACUCCAGGUCUUCAAAUCUACUGGCGACUAUGACAGUGCUAGGGCAAUGUACGAUGGCUACUCGGCAGUCAACGACGACACGGCGGAGCAAUUCCUGUCUCUAAGGCAGGUGGUCUUGUCGAGGAAACUGCCCCGCAGGAUGUUCGUGCAGGUCAACACCACUACAGAUGCAGAAGGGGAGAUUGUACUACAGGAGUACGAGGCGACGGCCGCCGGGAUUGUCCAGUCAUUUGUGGAACGCUUCCCAGGGACAGAAUACGAGCAGAUCGUCAAGGAACUGUGGGAAAAGGACAGGAAGCAUUUCUACUAGAUCCCACAGUGUCUACAGGGACGAGCACCAGUGCCUAAUCUCAUGCAGCUGCUUACUGUCAAAAUAUCGCUUAAAGGGAAUAUACAACAUUUGCAAACAUCAAAAAACAAAACUACCAAAUUAUUAUGAAAUACC